GAUAAUGUUAUUGGAGUACCAGAAUCUAUCGAGUAGCCAAAUUGCUAAAUUUACAGAGAUGCUUUUGGGGCCUUCCUGGAUUAAGACAGUUUUAAAAGACCAGGCCUGACCUCUGAUCUGUUUGCAAAGAAUUAGCAUCCGCCCUGUAGAUCUGCAAGAGAAGGCUACCUCCUGCAGUGCUAUCUCUUGGUGAAUGCUAGCUCUGCUCCAGGGCCUUUUGGGGAAAGGACAGUGUAAAGCCUCUAGAGAGGUAAGUUUCCCACCCUUCCAACCCCUCUCCAGCUGCAGCUUGCUUGGUGCUGUCAGGAUCUGGAUUUGGGGGGAGUCUCUCUGUAGUGGAACCAGUGACAGAAGCUGUUCUUUAGAAUUUUCAGGAUGGCUGUAUUCUGCGGUCAGAAUGAGAGAGUCAAGCUGGGCAGAAUCUCUCGCCAAGAGUUCAGGUAAGGUAAAGUUUAUUCACUGGGAAUGCUUUCCACAGCCAGACAGCUAUGCUGACAGUCUUGCGUUUUCUUCCAGUUUGUUUAGAUUUAAAUGAUAAAUUUGUAAACUUUUUAAAAACUAAAUUUUGGUUGGAUUUUUCAUGAAAACCUUUUUUUCUUCUAUGCCAUACAAAAUGGUUUGAAAUGUCAUUGCUUUUUAAAAACCCUAUGUGUUGGAAAUUCUUUAAUCUGCUGUUUCCUCUUUUUCCCCCUUUGAAAGUUUUGCAUAGUGUAAACAGUCAUUAUGUCUUUUACCUUCCCUGCUCCUCCCCUCUGGGAGGUGCUAAUGCUAUUACCCGGUGCUGAAAAAUGGCACUCUAAAGGUAUGGGAAGGAAGGAGCCCAAAACAACAACCUGCUGUCCCUUCAGCCUUCCUUUGGAGACUGCUCCAUCAGUGCCGAGGUGUGUGGGAACAUGCUUCACUGCACCGCCAUCUUACUGAGUUGCUUCACGUGAGGAAAAGGGGCUUUGACCCUGUGACUCAGUUCCACAUUUUGGAUUGCAUACUGGAAAAGAAGCCAAUCUUCUUGCUAGUAAACCAACAACCAGCUGUACACAGUGGUGACCCAAGCAAUGGAUAUAAACCUAAAAAUCUGAGGAAGGGGAGAGGUGGAAUACAGUAGUUCUUGGAAUCUGAAAUCUCCCAUUUGAUCAGGUUAUUUACUGGAACUUGACAUAAAUCUGAUUGGUGGGGGUCUCUCCUAGGACCUAGUGGUCAUUUGAUAUUAAUUUACUCUCAGGAAAAAUGAGAAAUACAAAUUAACCCGGAGACAGUCUGGGUUGUGGGAUUCGGCAUUAGUUACCCCAGGACGAUCGUGUCUGGCCUCCAUUGUCUGUCAUUCAGCUCUGGGUUACUGCGGCAGUAACCUCCGAUAUGAGGAACCAGGAUAGAUGGGUGGAUGGGUUUCGAGAUCAUUUUUUUUUCUUCCUUUAGGAUGGGGGAUUGAUUUUGCCGCCUUUUGUUGUGGUUCGUUUUGUUUUAUUUUUGUCAAGAUCAAUUUUAGCUACAAGGACUUGAAAAGACUCAGAAGGGUGCCACCAGUUUUUCCUCGAGGCCUAGAAUUCUGUAUUCUGUCCUGAGCCGAGGUAAUUCCUCCCAGCUUAGUGCACCAAUAGCACCAGCAAUUUUGAGCAGAGUACCUCUUUGGGGGAGUUUUUAGUUUUGUUUUGUUUUUAAUUCUCUUUCCUUAGCAGCAAGGUCUUUAAUCCUAGAGAAUCUACUCCCUUGCAGAAUCCUUGCCACCUCAGGAGCCCUAACUGAUUGAGUGCUGUCAGCCUGGUGUACUACUUCGGACUCUGGAAACAGAUGCUGGUUCUAUUCUGUAUUUCCACUGUGUGUAGAUAAAACAACAGUCAGAGGCCAGAUGACGUGUUAGAUGGCUAGCCCUGUAUAACUCGACUCUGUAUGUUCCCAUUGUAUGUUACUGCAAUGCUCCUGUUGUACAGUGUUUGUGAGAUGCUCUUUGAAGAUGGUACUUUUAUAUUUUUUUCAUUUUCAAUAAAAGUACAUUACUUCCCACUUCUGGUAUUUAAUACUGUUGCUGAAUGUGCCUUGUGUGAGUGUGUGCUCCGGCGUUGCAGGACCUCAGAGCUGGAGGUGGCACUCGGUGGUUCUUGGGGGCUGGCUGCCUUCCCUCUCUGCAGGUGGUGUUAGACAUAUGCUACCUGAGGUAACAUGUUUUUGUUUUUGGGAGGGAGUCGGGAGUGGGGAGGGCCCAUGGGAGGGUCUCUGGAUUUUUGAUAGUCUGCUUUGUUUGCUCUCUUCUGUACUAUUAAACUGCUGAUGUUUAUUUUCAGGAAUGUUUUGCAAAUGCACUUCUCACUCUUCCCCAGUACAACUGUAGGCCUUCAUGGUGAAACACCUCUUGGAGUACACCCAGGCAACAGAGUCUAACCUGCAGUACAGCUUGCUGUUAGUCCUAGGCCUCCUCCUGACAGAAAUUGUGCGGUCUUGGUCACUGGCACUCACUUGGGCAUUGAAUUACCGAACUGGUGUCCGCUUGCGGGGGGCCAUCCUAACUAUGGCAUUUAAGAAGAUCCUUAAGUUAAAGAACAUUAAAGAAAAGUCCCUGGGUGAGCUCAUCAACAUUUGCUCCAACGAUGGGCACAGGAUGUUUGAGGCAGCUGCUGUUGGCAGCUUGUUGGCUGGAGGACCCAUUGUUGCCAUCUUAGGCAUGAUUUAUAAUGUAAUUAUCCUGGGACCAACAGGCUUCCUGGGAUCUGCUGUUUUUAUCCUCUUUUAUCCAGCAAUGAUGUUUGCAUCACGGCUCACUGCAUAUUUUAGGAGAAAAUGUGUGGCUGCCACCGAUGACCGUGUCCAGAAGAUGAAUGAAGUUCUUACCUACAUUAAAUUUAUUAAAAUGUAUGCCUGGGUGAAAGCAUUUUCUCAAAGUGUCCAAAAAAUCCGAGAGGAGGAGCGUCGGAUACUGGAAAAAGCCGGGUACUUUCAGAGCAUCACUGUUGGCGUGGCUCCCAUCGUGGUGGUGAUCGCCAGCGUGGUGACGUUCUCUGUUCACAUGACCCUGGGCUUCGAUCUGACAGCAGCACAGGCUUUCACAGUGGUGACUGUCUUCAAUUCCAUGACUUUUGCUUUGAAAGUAACACCGUUCUCAGUAAAGUCCCUCUCAGAGGCGUCGGUUGCCGUUGACAGAUUUAAGAGUUUGUUUCUAAUGGAAGAGGUUCACAUGAUAAAGAACAAACCAGCCAGUCCUCACAUCAAGAUAGAGAUGAAAAAUGCCACCUUGGCAUGGGACUCCUCCCACGCCAGUGUCCAGAACUCGCCCAAGCUGACCCCCAAAAUGAAAAAAGACAAGAGGGCUGCCAGGGGCAAGAAAGAGAAGGUGAGGCAGCUGCAGCGCACUGAGCAUCAGGCGGUGCUGGCAGAGCAGAAGGGCCACCUCCUCCUGGACAGUGACGAGCGGCCCAGCCCUGAGGAGGAAGAAGGCAAGCACAUCCACCUGGGGAGCCUCCGCCUACAGAGGACGCUGUACAGCAUCGACUUGGAAAUCGAGGAGGGAAAACUGGUUGGAAUCUGCGGCAGUGUGGGAAGUGGAAAAACCUCUCUCAUUUCAGCCAUUUUAGGCCAGAUGACACUUCUAGAGGGCAGCAUUGCAAUCAGUGGAACCUUCGCUUAUGUGGCCCAGCAGGCCUGGAUCCUCAAUGCCACUCUGAGAGACAACAUCCUCUUUGGGAAGGAAUUUGAUGAAGAAAGAUACAACGCUGUGCUGAAUAGCUGCUGCCUGAGGCCUGACCUGGCCAUUCUUCCCAACAGCGACCUGACUGAGAUUGGAGAGCGAGGAGCCAACCUGAGCGGCGGGCAGCGCCAGAGGAUCAGCCUCGCCCGGGCCUUGUACAGCGACAGGAGCAUCUACAUCCUGGAUGACCCCCUCAGUGCCUUAGACGCCCACGUGGGCAACCACAUCUUCAACAGUGCUAUCCGGAAACACCUCAAGUCCAAGACGGUUCUGUUUGUUACCCACCAGUUACAGUACCUGGUUGAUUGUGAUGAAGUGAUCUUCAUGAAAGAGGGCUGUAUUACAGAAAGAGGGACCCACGAGGAACUGAUGAAUUUAAAUGGUGAUUAUGCUACCAUUUUUAACAACCUGUUGCUGGGAGACACACCGCCAGUUGAGAUUAAUUCAAAAAAGGAAACCAGUGGUUCACAGAAGAAGUCGCAAGACAAGGGUACCAAAACAGGAUCAGUAAAGAAGGAGAAAGUAGUGAAGCCAGAGGAAGGGCAGCUUGUGCAGCUGGAAGAGAAGGGGCAGGGUUCAGUGCCCUGGUCAGUGUAUGGUGUCUAUAUCCAGGCUGCUGGGGGGCCCCUGGCAUUCCUGGUCAUUAUGUCCCUCUUCAUGCUGAAUGUGGGCAGCACUGCCUUCAGCACCUGGUGGUUGAGUUACUGGAUCAAGCAAGGAAGUGGGAACACCACAGUGACGCGAGGGAACCAGACCUCCGUGAGCGACAGCAUGAAGGACAAUCCUCUCAUGCAGUACUAUGCCAGCGUCUAUGCCCUCUCCAUGGCAGUCAUGCUGAUCCUGAAAGCCAUUCGAGGAGUUGUCUUUGUCAAGGGCACACUGCGAGCCUCCUCCCGGCUCCACGACGAGCUUUUCCGAAGGAUCCUUCGAAGCCCUAUGAAGUUUUUUGACACCACCCCGACAGGAAGGAUUCUCAACAGGUUUUCCAAAGACUUGGAUGAAGUGGACGUGCGCCUGCCAUUCCAGGCUGAGAUGUUCAUCCAGAAUGUUAUCCUGGUGUUCUUCUGUGUUGGAAUGAUCGCGGGAGUUUUCCCGUGGUUCCUUGUAGCCGUGGGGCCCCUCGUCAUCCUCUUUUCAGUUCUGCACAUCGUGUCCAGGGUCCUGAUUCGAGAACUGAAGCGUUUGGACAAUAUCACGCAGUCACCUUUCCUCUCCCACAUCACAUCCAGCAUACAGGGCCUCGCCACCAUCCACGCCUACGGUAAAGGGCAGGAGUUUCUGCACAGGUACCAGGAGCUACUGGAUGACAACCAAGCUCCUUUCUUCCUGUUCACGUGUGCGAUGCGGUGGCUGGCUGUGCGGCUGGACCUCAUCAGCAUCGCCCUCAUCACCACCACAGGGCUGAUGAUCGUUCUCAUGCACGGUCAGAUCCCCCCAGCCUACGCGGGGCUGGCCAUCUCCUACGCUGUCCAGUUAACAGGGCUGUUCCAGUUUACAGUCAGACUGGCGUCGGAGACAGAAGCCCGAUUCACCUCGGUGGAGAGGAUUGAUCACUACAUUAAGACGCUGUCCUUGGAAGCACCUGCCAGGAUUAAGAACAAGGCUCCUCCCCCUGACUGGCCCCAGGAAGGAGAGGUGACCUUUGAGAAUGCAGAGAUGAGGUACCGAGAAAACCUCCCUCUGGUCCUGAAGAAAGUGUCCUUCACCAUCAAACCUAAGGAGAAGAUCGGCAUUGUGGGGCGGACAGGAUCGGGGAAGUCCUCUCUGGGGAUGGCCCUCUUCCGUCUGGUGGAGUUAUCUGGAGGCUGCAUCAAGAUUGACGGAGUGAGGAUCAGUGACAUUGGCCUUGCUGACCUCCGAAGCAAACUUUCCAUCAUUCCUCAAGAGCCCGUGCUGUUCAGUGGCACUGUCAGAUCAAAUUUGGACCCCUUCAACCAGUACACUGAAGACCAGAUUUGGGAUGCCCUAGAAAGGACACACAUGAAAGAAUGUAUUGCUCAGCUACCUCUGAAACUUGAAUCUGAAGUGAUGGAGAACGGAGAUAACUUCUCAGUCGGGGAGCGGCAGCUCUUGUGCAUAGCGAGAGCCUUGCUCCGCCACUGUAAGAUUCUGAUUUUAGAUGAAGCCACAGCUGCCAUGGACACGGAGACAGACUUACUGAUUCAAGAGACCAUCCGAGAAGCAUUUGCAGACUGCACCAUGCUGACCAUUGCCCAUCGCUUGCACACAGUUCUAGGCUCUGAUAGGAUCAUGGUGCUGGCCCAGGGACAGGUGGUGGAGUUUGACACCCCAUCGGUCCUUCUGUCCAAUGACAGUUCCCGGUUCUAUGCCAUGUUUGCUGCUGCGGAGAACAAAGUCGCUGUCAAGGGCUAACUCCACCUCGUUGACGAAGUCCCUUUUCUUUGUAGCAUUGCCAUUCCCUGCCUGGGGCGGGCCCCUCAUCGCGUCCUCCUGCCGAAACCUUGCCUUUCCCGAUUUUAUCUUUCGCACAGCAGUUCAGGAUUGGCUUGUGUGUUUCACUUUUAGGGAGAGUCCUAUUUUGAUUAUUGUAUUUAUUCCAUAUUCAUGUAAACAGAAUUUAGUUUUUGUUCUUACUUGCACUCUAAAAGGUUCAGGGAACCAUUAUUAUAAUUGUAUCAGAGGCCUAUAAUGAAGCUUUAUACGUGUAGCUAUAUCUAUAUAUAAUUCUGUACAUAGCCUAUAUUUACAGUGAAAAUGUAAGCUGUUUAUUUUAUAUUAAAAUAAGCACUGUGCUAAUAACAGUGCAUAUUCCUUUCUAUCAUUUUUGUACAGUUUGCUGUACUAGAGAUCUGGUUUUGCUAUUAGACUGUAGGAAGGAUAGCAUUUUGUUCUUCUCUGGCUGGUGGUUUCAUGGUGCCAGGUUUUCUGGGUGUCCAAAGGAAGGUGUGUGGCAAUAGUGGGCUCUCCGGGGCCCCUGUGCUGCCUGCCCACCUACUCCAGGGCAGGUGGAGCAGGGCGGGGCUGCUGGAGGCCGUGCAGAGCGCCGUGGAUUCUCAGGGCUCCUGCCUUCUGUCCUGGUGUCACUUAUGUUUCUGUUAGGAGAGCAUCGGUGCACAGCCCCAGGCUCCUUUUCCCUCCCUCCAACAGGAAUAAGAAUCACAGAAACAUUCCUCAGAGUGGGGGGAGUUUCUUUCCUGCCUUCCUCUUUUUGCUGUUGUUUCUAAACAAAAAUCAGUCUAUUCACAGAGUGUCCCACUGCCUCAGGUUCCUAACGCUGGCCACUGCACAGAGCUCUCCAGCUCCUAGACCUGUUGGUUCCAAGCCCUGGAGCCAACUGCUGCUUUUUUAGGUGGUACUUUUUCAGUUGCCUGUUCCCACACCUCCACAGUUCAGUGACAGGGUUCAGGGUUUUGUGGGUCUGUUUUCCUUUCUCACUGCAGUUGUCGCACAGUCUCUUUCUCUCUCCAAAGUCUGCAACUUUAAGCAGCUCUUGCUAAUCAGUGUCUCACACUGGCGUAGAAGUUUUUUGUACUGUAAAGAGACCUACCUCAGGUUGCUGAUUGCUGUGUGGUUCGGUGUGUUCCCACAAACCCCCUUUGUGCUGUGGGGCUGGUAGCUCAGGUGGGCGUGGUCACUGCUGUCAUCAGUUGAAUGGUCAGCGUUGCAUGUCGUGACCUACUAGACAUUCUGUCGCCUUAGCAUGUUUGCUGAACACCUUGUGGAAGCAAAAAUCUGAAAAAGUGAAUAAAAUUAUUUUGGAUUUUGUAAAA